UGAGCCACGAUGGCGUGCUUAAGCGCGAGCACAUUGCGGCGAGCGGGCUGAGGCGGGCGUAUAAGUGAAACCGGCAACGUUCGCCCGACCAGCACUUUUUUUAUUUUAGGAGACGAGGCAAGGCGGCUUUUUCCAGGGAACGCACCGCUGGAAGCGCGUGCCGCUUACACGGGGGAAAACAUGAACGUCGCGCUGGUCGCCGGAUUGGUCCUGACGUCGUUAUUGGCCGGCUGCGAAGCGCAAGGGACCAAAGGCCAGGGCAUGGUGUUUCCGCCAUCACCGGGAACCAAAGGGGGCGGUUACUUCCCAGACGGCGGUGGCUACGGCGGCGGCGGCUUCGGCGGUGGCUUUGGCGUCGGCGCCAAGGGUGGCAUGAAGGGUGGAGGCUUGAAAGGAUUCCCGCCACAGCAGCCACAGUUCCAGGGUAAAGACGGAGCUGCCAAGCGAGCAAAGAGGUCUCUCCUGCCUUACACAGAAAUUCUCAGCGGUAAGACGCCAGACUUCGUGGACUUGGGCAGGGACGUAAAACCGGAAGAGAGGAUCCCCGCCGUCACAAACAGCUCGGACGACUACGAAGAAGCGUUGAUGAAGCCCGUCAAACUCGGACCAUUGAGACAACAUUCGCGAAAACCAUGGGGCCAGGGGAGGCCCACGUCAAGACCACAGCAGUGAUGACACGACAAGACCGGGACUAAAUUUCCGGGCGUCCUGGAAUAGUGAGGGUCAGAGACACCGUUGAAUGAAUAAAUAAAUACUUUAUUAGGUUA